AUGAUAUUGCUACUGUCAUUUAUAAUCCCAUUGACUCUUCUAUCAAUUGCUUCACAAGCCCUCCCGAUCACCAAAAGACAACCACGUCAACCAAUUAUUUUGGAUUUUGAUAUCGUUAGAAGCUCCCCAACUUUCAAUCUUUCAGCUAGUGAGGUUCUAUCAUCACCAUCUCUUGGUAUUCAAUCGAAGAACUCUAGAAAUGUUAGUGCCCAGGACCUUCUAUUCGAGCUUGAGAAUGAAUAUUCAACCUAUAUGACGGAAAUCCAAAUGGGGACUCCACCCCAGAAACUCAAAGUUUCUGUCGAUACAGGGUCACUGGACUUAUGGAUUCCUGGCUCAUCUUCCAACAAUGCUCAAGAAAUAUCAUCAGUUUAUGGGUCUUAUAAUAUGAACUCAUCUUCGAGUGCCAAAGAAUACCACCCAAACUUCCGGAUCGCUUAUAGCGACCUGCUGCAGGCCCAAGGAAUAUGGGCUGAUGAUACUUUGCAAUUGAAUAAUAUUGAGAUUCCUCAAUUCAUCUUUGGGUUAGCCCAAUCACAUACCGCGGGGUUCGGGGUGUUUGGGAUUGGGUUCCCUCUGAACGAAGCGCUGGUGUGGAUUUUGGACGCAAUGGCCAGAGGAGAUAUCAGUUUAUCGGAACUGGAGCUUGAGGCAAAAGGAUUAGGAGGGUUUCGGUAUGAUAAUUUCCCAAUAAGGUUGAAAAAAGAAGGUUAUAUUGAUCGGGCUGGGUAUUCGCUAUUCUUGAGCUCCGCCGAUUCAGAACGAGGGUCAAUUUUAUUUGGGGCCAUUGACCAUGCAAAAUAUCAAGGAUCAUCAUUACCAAUGUUGGAUCUAGUAAAGAUUGAUGGCUCAGGGUAUGCGGUGAAUCAGAGCAUGGCGUUUUAUGUGGAAUUGCAAGAUGUGGUGGUGAAUAAUAAAUCAUAUUUCUCCAACAACAACAAUUCGUAUCCUGCGUUGCUUGAUUCCGGGACUUCUUUGAUAUAUGCUCCAUCGGAGGUUGCCUUUAAAAUUCAAGAAAGUUAUGCUACGUAUUCUUCGAAAUAUAUGCAUUACACAGCCAGUUGUGAUGCCCAAGGACCGGAUUUCCAGUUCCAGUUCAAGGGGGUCGAGGUGGUUGUGCCAUUUUCCGAUUUGUUAUUCCAUGUGAAUGGGAAAUCGGAUAGUCAAGAGAGUGAGUGUAUAUUUGGGUUGAUGGAGAGUUCAGAGGAAACUUGGACCCUCGGGGACGCUUUUUUGAGAAGGGCGUAUAUAUUAUAUGAUUUGGAGAGUGAGCAAGUAGGUAUUGCCCAGGCCAAGUACACCAACGAGACGAGGAUUGAAUUUUUGAAGUGA